AUGGACGGCAUGAGCUAUGACCCCAUGGUGAUGGAUGGCGAACCCGAGCAGCCCCAGGUUACCAUUUCAGCUGCCGAUACAACGCGCGUCGACUUUGCCCUCUCCAAGACAAACCUGUCGUUUGCCAACUCGAUACGAAGAAUAAUCCAGGCCGAGGUGCCCACCAUUGCCAUCGACCUUGUGGAAGUAGAGGUCAACUCGUCUGUGCUCGCCGACGAGUUCAUCGCCCACAGGCUCGGUCUCAUCCCUCUCAAUGCCAAGGGCGUCAACGAGCUCAACUACUCGCGAGACUGCGACUGCGAGCAGUACUGCGAGCAGUGCAGCGUGACCCUGACCCUGCACGCGAGGUGCACCAGCGACGAGAUCAUGAAGGUGUACGCCCGGGACCUGGUGGUCGACGGUCGCCACGCCAGCCCGGUUGGGUCGCCGGUCAUCAACGACCCCGAGGGACUGGGGUGCCUCAUCGCCAAGCUGCGCAAGGACCAGGAGCUGAAGCUGACCUGCAUUGCGAAGAAGGGCAUCGCAAAGGAGCACGCCAAGUGGAUGCCCACGUCGGCCGUGGGAUUCGAAUACGACCCCCACAACAAGUUGCACCACUUGGAUCUGUGGUUCGAGAACAACACCGACCCGAAUAAGGAAUGGCCCAAGAGCAAAUACGCAGAGUGGGAAGAACCCCCGCAAGAAGGCGAGCCCUUCAACUACGACGCGGUUCCCGACCGGUUCUACUUUGAGGUGGAAACGUCGGGCAGCAUGGAGCCGGACCAGAUUGUCCAGGGGGGUAUUCGCACCCUCCAGCAAAAGAUUGGCGCGCUCUUGAAGGGCUUGGACCCCAAAAAGUACGGCGGCGAGGAAGCGGCGGAGUUUGACGGGCCCCGAAGUCCGGAUAUGAACUUGGAUGGCGGCACCACGCCUUGGCAGGACGGAGGCUACACCACGCCCUACGGAGGAAACAUGACUUCCUACGGAGGCAACAACACUGCGUACGGAGGCGGGUCGGGCACGUACGGCACGACACCCUACGGCCAGUCAUCCUGGCAGUGA